CCCGGCUGGGAGGCCGCUGCCCGGACGUGAUUCCCGAGCUGGGGGCGGCGGGGGGCCGGGGGGGGUUUGCAUUUGCCAUCUGGACCUUUAACCCCAGGGAGCGUGGGGGAGGGGUCUGACCCCCCGCCGUCCCAGGGUGAUUUGGCCCGAUCCUGAGCGUGCCCCCUCCCCGGGGGCAGAGCUGGGACCGUGGGGGGUGUCCAGAACCGGUACCCGAGCCUCCCCCAGGAUGGACGGCUGGCGGCUGUUGCUCCUGCGCAGCGACCUUCCCCGCUCCUGAACGACCCCCUCCUUCUCGUGCCAGACGCUGCUUUGGGGUCAGUCAGAAGGGGCAGCCCCCCGCCCCCUUCCUGUAUCAGCACCGAGCUAAAACCCUGGCGUGGCUCAGCUCCCCUGGCUCUGGGGAGAUGCAGCUCCCACCCUCCCCCAUUGCCUGACCCUCCCCCCCAACACUGCUUCGAAACUCACCCCCUCUGACCUCCAAUCCGGCCUGGAUGUUUUACACCCCACUUCCCAGCCUGAGACGAACCCCGGAUAGGGAGGAAUGAGGUGCUGGCAGUUGGGGGUGCUGCCGGAGUACAGCAUCGCAGCAGCUGGAGGGAGAGCUCCUGGCACUCAGAUGCCCCCUAUAUUUUGGGGGGGAAUUUGCCUUAGCCAUCCAGGCUCAGCCUCAGGACCCCCCCAGCUGAGAGGUCGGAGCCAGCAUGGACGGCUGAGCCCUGGCAUUAGCCAGCUUGGCCCCCCAACCCUGACCUGAGCCCAGCCGCCGGACCCCUGCCCGGACGCUCCUGAAGGUUUAUGGCUUGCUGGAACCAAAGCGUGAGGUAGGUGAGUGCCUCCCUCUGGCUGUGACUUGUUGAGGCUGCCAUCACUGGGUGGGGGCCGGGCUGAUGGGAUGCAGGGGCAAGACCAACUUGGGGAAACAUCAGAAAGGGGCAGGAGGAGUCAGCUGGGAGCUUGGCCUCUUGUCGUUAGCCGGCGGAACUCACCGCCACAGGGUUUUGACUGGCGGCCAAGGUGGUGGGAGAUGUCUGUGGAUGAGAGCGGCAUUGUCUGGGGAGAGGGAGCCACCCCCAGGCAUCAGGGCACGGCUUUUUUUGAGGUGGGCGGGCUGCAUUGAGAGGCUAGUACUGUGGGGACAUUGGGAGUGGAGGGGGUGGGGAACUGUCCUGACAUGGUUCCUCCUCCCCUAUUGCUGCAAAAUUCAACUAAAAUCACAAGCCUGUCACCCCACCCUGGUAGCGCCACCCCCCAAGCCGAACUGGGGGAGCAGGGUGACCUGAUGGUGAGGGGAGGAAGGGCCAGUCUGGCUGCCCAUCCUCCCCAUCUGCCCAUCUCCCCCGCAUCCCACCGGGGUCUCAUUGAUUUCAUGGUUUGUCCGUCCCCAGCAGAGAUUUGAGGGCAGGUGUGUGUGUGGAUGUAGUCUUGACCUCCCAUCACCCAUAAUUCCAUGGGGCUGGGGGGCAUCCCACAGAGCACGUGUUGGUCAUUCCUGAUUUGCCCCACUGCCCUGACGGGGGUGGGGCAGAGGAUCUAUCCUGGGAGUGGGACGGGAGCGUUGCAUUAAGACUCACUGAUGGUUCCUCCCCUCUGGUGGGGAGCUGGGGGGGGGGCACAGGCCAGGGGUUAAAUCCCACCACUGCACAGCCAGCUCCGAAUCCCAUGCAUUGGGGGCGGGGUGUGUCUAUGACCAGGGAUCAUGCCCCGAAUGCCCCCCCCAGCAUGGGGGGUGAGUGAAGUGUGUUGGAACAGGGCGGCUGGAUGGGGCUGUCAGAGGUGUGUGUGGUGGGGGGUAGAGGGCAUGUGGGAGGGAGGUUGUCACGGCAGGGGGUGCUAGAGGGCAUGAGGGGGUUACAGUGGGCAUGUGGGGGGGCAAUAAAUGGUGUGUUGGGGAGGGGCAGAGCGGGGUGUGUCAGGGAGUUUAUAGGGCAUGUGUUGGGGGCAUGCGGGUGUGGGGACCUGAGGAUGUUUGGGGGCGGGACAUGUUGAGGCAAGGGGCAGGGUCAGGCCUGCCUUGCCCCAGGUCCCUGGUGGAGCAGGCGGGAUGGGAGAGCUACCUGAGUGGAGACGCAACUGGGAGCCCCCCACACCCAGCUGGGCCCUGGGAGCUGGGCCAGACCCGGGAGGCACCGUUGGGGGCUGCGGUGGCUUCAGGCUGUCAUUCAUGGUUCUGAUCUGGCAGGACCCAGCUUUCGGGGCCAGUUCCGGUGGGGUUUGGGUUGCCCCAAACAGCCAAGACUCCCAGCACCCUGGGCCAAAAGCACAAGAUGUCCCCCAGAACCGGAACAUCAAUCUGGGUCCGAGUCCGCCCCACAGCUGGACUGAUGAGGGGCCAGCUGGGAUCUCAGGACAGGAACCCAACCCAGAUUGCAAGGGGGUCAGAUAUGAGGUUAGAGGAGCUCCCGGGAGUCAGGGUGCCCAAGGCCAGGAUAGCAGGGGGCUGCAGGCUAGAAUUGAGGGGCACUGGUAGAGUGUGGGGCAGAGCCUGGGGCCUGCGAGUCGAGAUUGAGGGACAUCGGUGUGAACAAAGAAGUAUCAGUGAGAUGCAAGAGCAGGGAAGGGGUGUCAGGACUCCUGGGUUCUGUUCCCAGCCCCGGACGGGAGUAUUACCAAGGGGUGACAGAUGUGCCAUGGCCUGGGAAUUAGGACUCCUGAGUUCCAUUUCUGGCUGGGACACUGGAUGAUGCUUCAGUUUCCCCAUCUGUGAAAUGGGGUGGGAGAUACAGCUCCUCCCCUCCCCCUGCUGUGAAGGGCUCAGCCAGCUGCACUGGUGUCCCGCACACGCCUACAAUGCUGGAUGAGAUCCCUGGCAGACCCUGCCGCCACCUUCCCCUAUGUGGGCGUCGGGGGCUGCGUCAGGAGGCUAAUCAGCUUGCUCAGCCCUGAGAGUGUCAUGAUAAUCUUGGAUUCCUGAAUUAAACCCAGCGGGGAUGAGGGUGCUGGGGAUCCAAACAAGCUGCAGGUUCUGCAGGUGGAGGCGGGUGAAGUGGGGGACACAGGACAGACCAGAGGCAACAGAAUGGCUCAGAGCCCAGGGCUCCCCUCACUCCAGGUCUCUCAGUGCCCCUCAAUCUUGAUCUGCAGCUUCCUGCUAGCCCAGCCCUGGGCUCCCCCCCCCCCCAGCUCUCCAGUCUUGUCCAGACUGACGCUGGCCGGGUUUAACUAUCCUGGUCUGGUUACAGCAGCACCACUCAUCUAGCGUGGCUGCGUUUAGAGGGGAAUAAAGGUGCUUCUAGCAGUACGGCCUCUCCAGUAUGGGAAGGGGAAUGGGCUCUCUUCAGCCGGAUAGACCUGCAUCCACACUGGGGGAUUAACGGCUCACGCCAUCCAGCUUCCUUUCCCAAGCAGGAGCGCUAGAACCGUCUCCAGCACUAGACAGGGCUGUGGGGGUCAGCCGGCUUCAGGUGACCCUGAGCGAUCGUUGCUUCGGAGCCCGGCCUCCCCAUAACCACGAGGCUGGAUUCAAAGAGAGCCCAGGAAACGUUCAUUUCCUUUGCGUCCGAGUCACCUCGGGGGCAUGUCAGCACUUUUCUCCGGCCGUGAGGGGGAGAACGGCGCUUUCUUCUAAUCUCAUGAUUCCGGCAGCUGGGGCUUUGAGAAGAGACUGAAAAGCUGCAAGAGGUGCCUGUUGGCCGCCUGUUUGGCCCGAGCAAAGGAGUUAAAAGACCCCCGAGCUCAACGCCCGCACGGCUCCUUCGAAUGAACUCCCACGCUAACACUUCCCCGCACAGCGCCGCUCUGGAGCCGCUCCGAGACGGACUGUCCCUUAUUUGAACUUGUCGGAAACGUGGGUCCCUGUGCCGUUUACCAAAGCCACGUGCCUCCUAAUUAUGUCGUUAAUUUGUUAAUUAGCAGGCGAUGGCUCAAAGUGCUUUCCGUCCGCCCCCAGAUUGCCAGGCCCCCGCUCGGUGGCGGUCUGGAAUGGAAUGAAAUUGCUUCAGAAUUCAAACCCUCAAACUUUCAGGUUUUUCCUUCUGGAAACUUGUUUGUCUCCCCGGACAUGGGUGCAGGGGGGUUUGUUCUUGUAGGGUAGCUUGGGAGCUGUCGGGUUGAGUAGGGUCUCGUGUGAAGGCCAGGCGGCAUGGGUUUAUUAUGCCAUGAUUGUUAUUGUAGAGUCCUGGUCAGGACCAGGCUGGUGAGUUUUGAUUUUUAAAACACAGGCCAGGUGGGGUAGAUCCUGCUCUUCUCUGGGAUAAGCCACAGUGACUCUGGAUUGAUGCCGGAGGAGCCAGGCUCCGAAUCUGGCCCAUCCCAGGAUGCACUUCCAUGACCCCGACAUUGAGUGGGGCUAGAUGAGCUGCAUGUUGGGUGGUGGUGGGGGUGAAUGGCCGUGGCCUGUAGGGGAGGGAGUUGAGGAGAGGCACAUAGCCUGGUGCUGCCCCAGUUGCUCCUGCCUCUUCUGCCAGGUGGCCCCACUGCCUGGCUUACCCUGGGCCCCUCAGCUGCUGCCCCUCACCCCCCAAUCUGCAUCAGGGCUGACUUGUCCCGGCUCUGCAAAGUCCUCGGUGCAUUGGGGCAGGGGAGGGCUUUGGGCAGCUGCUUCUGGACCGCAGUCGCCUUCCUCACUUUGUUCCUGGGGGCUGCUGGGAGUGGCCUGUGUGUGUGUGCCUCGUGGGCUGGGAAAGGUGGGAGGGGGGUGUACUCUGAGGGCUGCUGGGAAGGGUCUGGGUGUGUGUGUGUGCCCUAGGGACUUCUGGGAAAGGACUUGGAGUGGGGAGGGCAUGGGGGAAAGCGUUUGUGCCCCUGGGCCUAAAGGGAAGGAUCUGUGGAUAAAGGGUUACUUGGCCCAUUUUAUAGAGUAGGAAACUGAGGCACAGAAAAGGCAGAUUAGUAGCUCAAAGCCACACUGAGAGUCAGUUCUAAAAUGGGGCAUGGAACCCAGGAGUCCUGGCUCCCAGCUCUCACCACUAGCCCCCAUUCCGUUCCCAGAGCCAGGGAUAGAACCCAGGAGUCCUGGCUCCCAGCUCUCACCACUAGUUCCCACGCCCCUCCCAGAGCCAGGGAUAGAACCCAGGAGUCCUGGCUCCCAGCCCCCCUGCUCUCACUGCUAGCCCACACUUCCCCUCCAAGAGUUAGGAGUAGUGCGGGGCGCCUCUUGCUGGUGAAGGAGGAUGCAGUCCCUGGUAAGAAAGACUCCGCUGUCACCUGGCCCAUCUCUCUCCCUCUCUCCCUGCAGCCAGGCCCCCUGACGGCGCCAUGGAGCGCCUGCUUCUCUACGCCCUGGCCCUCUGCCUGGGCCCCUCCUGUGCCCAGCUGUGCCCUCCCCGCUGCACGUGCCAGAACCUGUCCCCCUCGCUGGCCGUCUUGUGCGCCCGCGCUGGGCUGCUCUUCGUGCCUGGGCUCCUCGACCAGCGCACGGCCGAGCUGCGGCUGACGGACAACUUCAUCACAGCCGUGCGGCACCGGGACUUCGCCAACAUGACGCGGCUAGUGCACCUGACCCUCUCCCGCAACGCCAUCCGCCAGCUGGUGCCCUUUGCCUUCGCCGACCUGCGCGGCCUGCGGGCCCUCCACCUGGACGGCAACCGCCUGCCAGCCAUCGGGGCCCAGCAGCUCCGGGGCCUGCCCAACCUGCGCCACCUCAUCCUAGGCAACAACCAGCUGCAGGCCGUGGCGCCCGGCGCCUUCGACGACUUCGCCGGCACCCUGGAGGACCUGGACCUGUCCUACAACAACCUGGCCCGGCUGCCCUGGGAGACCAUCCGUCGCCUUAGCAACGUCAACUCUCUCAGCCUGGACCACAACCUCAUCGCCCACGUGCCCCAAGGCGUCUUCGCCGACCUGCACAAGCUGGCCCGGUUGGACAUGACCUCCAACCGGCUGAAGAAGAUCCCCCCGGACCCGCUUUUCCUCCGCCUGCCCGUCUACGCCAAGUCGAAGGGCUCGCCCCUCUCCUCCCUGGUGCUCAGCUUCGGGGGUAACCCCUUGCACUGCAACUGCGAGCUGCUGUGGCUCCGGCGCCUGGCGCGCGAGGACGACCUGGAGACCUGCGCCUCGCCGCCCGAGCUCCUGGGCAAGUACUUCUGGAGCGUCCCCGAGGAGGAGUUUGUCUGCCAGCUGCCCGUCAUCACCCACCACACGGGCCGGCUGGCGGUGACGGAGGGCCAAGCGGCCACCUUGCGCUGCCGCGGAGCGGGCGACCCCGAGCCGGCGGUGCACUGGCUCUCUCCGGAGGGGAAGCUGGUGGCCAACGGCUCCCGGACGCUGGCCUACGAGAACGGCAGCCUGGAGAUCCUGGUGGCCGCCGUCCAGGACGCUGGCGCCUUCACCUGCGUGGCUUCCAAUGCCGCCGGCGAGGCCUCCGCCUCCGUGGAGCUGCAGGUCAGCCCCUUACCCCAGCUCGCCGACGGCACCCAACCGCCGGCACCCGGACCCUCCGAUAUCCUCACCUCGGCCAAGGCAGGCGCCGAUGGGAGCACCGCCCCACGUGACGCGGGGGUCCUGGCCUCCGAGCUCUCAGCGUCCUCUGCCCUCAUUCGCUGGGUCCCGCCGCGGCCUGGGCCCAGCGUCCGCAUGUACCAGAUUCAGUAUAACAGCUCCUCUGACGAGACCCUGGUGUACAGGAUGAUCCCCCCACCCAGCAGGGCCUUCCUGGUGAAGGACCUGGCGGCGGGGCGGGCCUAUGACCUGUGCGUGCUGGCCGUCUACGACGACGGGGUGACGGCGCUGACGGCCACCCGGGUGGUGGGCUGCAUCCAGUUCACCACGGAAGGGGAGACCGCCCAGUGCCACGCCCUGCACACCCAGUUCCUGGGCGGCACCAUGAUCAUCAUCAUCGGCGGGAUCAUCGUCGCUUCCGUCCUGCUCUUCAUCAUCAUCCUUAUGAUCCGCUACAAGGCCCACAACGGGAACAAGCAGGCCCAGGUCAGCAACGUCUAUUCCCAGACCAACGGCGGGCAGCCCCCGGCUUCCCAGGCACAGGACGGGGCCGACGACAGAGCCAGGGAACAAAACAGGGUGGCCCCGAGCAAGGACUGCGAGAAGGGGCUGGCCACCUGUGGCCAAGAAGUGGGCGCGGGGCAGACACCCUCUCCCAGGAGGAGGAAGUGGUCAAGGACUACUCUAGAUCUCCACCGCAAGUGCCCCGCGCCCAGCCGAGCUGAGGAACAAGAGCCCCCGGAGGCAGUGCCCCCCACGGGUGAGAGGAGACAGGCCGGCGAAUGGACCGAUGUGAAGAUCUGAGCAUCUCACCCAGCAGGAGUGUGGCCAAGCCAUCGGGGCACCCUCAGGUGUGGGUGUCCCUCAUCCAGGGAGGCCGGGGUGGGGGUGCCGGAGCUGCUGUGCCGAGCGUCUCCACUGGGGGCACUGUCACUCUUUCAUCUGCAGAGGGUGAUGUGGGGGAGCUGGGGGCAUCACACUGACCCUCUGCCUGCACCUAAGAGCUGAACAGUGGGUGCCAAGAUUGUCCACGGUGUCUCCGAAUUGAUCCCGGCAGGCUGAGAUGAGAACCCAGCCCUGCCCCAUUGCAGGCAGGAGGUGACUCCGGAUUGACCCCAGCGAGCUGAGAUGAGAACCCAGCCCUGCCCCAUUGCAGGCAGGGGGUGACUCCGAAUUGGUCCCGGCAGGCUGAGAUGAGAACCCGGCCCUGCCCCAUUGCAGGCAGGAGGUGACUCUGGAUUGACCCCGGCGAGGCUGAGAUGAGAACCUGGCCUGGCCCCAUUGCAGGCAGGAGGUGACUCCGGAUUGAUCCCGGCAGGCUGAGAUGAGAACCCAGCCCUGCCCCUUUGCAGGCAGGAGGUGACUCCGGAUUGACCCCGGCGAG